CAUAACCCCUUUCCGUUUUCUUCGGAGCUCUCUUCUCGUCUGUUAGAAACAACACAUUUUCAUAAACGAAACUAUGAUGAACACCUUCUUAAAACGCUCAACUUCCUUAGCCUCCAGGAGGCUUCUCGUCUCCUCCGUCCAAACUCUCCUUCAACACUUCCAGUCAACAGCUGCAGCAGCUACCACUAUAGAUGCCGAGACUCAUUUUAUUAACAGAUUCAAACCCUUUUCUGGCUUUCCGGGGUAUGCACCGAAGGGGAUCCACGCCAAAUCAGGGCCGUUGAAUUUCAGGGCAUCCACGAACUUGCAGGCGGAGUAUGCUGUCGAGGAUUAUGUUGAAGAGAAGGGAAGUGAUGGGCUUGAGAUAUCUGCUCUGGGGAUUGCUCCUGAAAUUGUUUCUGCUCUGAAUAAAAAGGGUAUCACCAAAUUAUUUCCAAUCCAGAGAGCGGUGCUGGAACCAGCAAUGCAAGGAAGGGAUAUGAUUGGAAGGGCUAAGACAGGGACAGGCAAAACGCUUGCUUUUGGGAUUCCUAUCAUGGACAAAAUCAUUCGAUACAAUGCUCAACACAGACGUGGUAGAAACCCCUCGUGCUUGGUUUUGGCACCAACGAGGGAACUUGCUAAACAAGUUGAGAAGGAAUUUCAUGAGUCUGCCCCCAACUUGGAUACAAUUUGUGUUUAUGGGGGUACACCCAUUUCCAAACAAAUGAGGCAACUUGACUAUGGUGUUGAUAUAGCUGUUGGUACACCUGGCCGCAUUAUUGAUCUGCUUAAGAGGGGUACUCUCAACUUAACAGAGGUUCAAUUUCUUGUUCUUGAUGAAGCUGAUCAAAUGCUUCAAGUUGGAUUUGCUGAAGAUGUUGAAAUCAUACUGGAGAAGCUGCCUGCAAAUCGUCAAAGCUUGAUGUUUUCAGCAACAAUGCCUAAUUGGAUUAGAAGCCUAACCCAAAAGCACUUAAAAAACCCAUUAACUAUUGAUCUGGUUGGAGAAGAUGAUCAAAAGUUGGCUGAAGGAAUUUCCUUGUAUUCGGUUGCAGCAGAUUCGCGUGGGAAAGCAUCAAUUCUUGGUCCUCUAAUUACAGAACAUGCGAAAGGAGGAAAGUGUAUUGUUUUCACUCAAACAAAGCGUGAUGCUGAUCGGCUGGCAUAUGCCAUGUCAAGAAACUUUAAAUGUGAGGCUUUGCAUGGUGAUAUCACUCAGGCUCGGAGGGAAGCAACUCUCUCAGGAUUCCGAAAUGGGCUUUUUAAUAUUUUAGUUGCUACUGAUGUUGCUGCUCGUGGCCUUGAUAUACCUAGUGUUGACCUGGUAAUACAUUAUGAGCUUCCAAACACGUCUGAAACUUUUGUCCAUCGAACUGGCCGAACUGGUCGUGCUGGAAGGAAAGGAAGUGCAAUUCUUAUCUACACUCGAGAGCAGAGUAGGGCUCUUAGGGUUAUUGAGAAAGAAGUAGGAUGCAAAUUUUCUGAGCUUCCUGGGAUUCAGGUUGAUGGUGAGAGCACUGGCAUGUUCGAUGAUGUCGGUGCUGGUGGUCGAUUUGGGUCAUUUGGAGGUACACGAGAUCGUGGAUAUGGUGAUAUGGGUUUUGGUCGUUCUGGUCGGCAAGGGGAAUAUGGAUUUGGCCGUUCUGGAGGUAAUAGGAGUUCCGGAUUUGCUCGUAGUGGUGGGUUUUCUGAUGAGAUGGGUGGUUAUGGAGGUCGCUUUGGAUCGAAUAACCGGUCUGGAAACUUUGGUGGUUCUGCAUUCGGUCGUCCAAGUGGAUUUGGGGAAUUGGGUAAAUCAGAUGGUUCUAGUAGCUAUGGUAAUUUUGGUACGAGACGUACUAGUGGAUUUGGGGACUUUGGUUCAGGCAAUCCAGGUGGAUUUAAUGACAAUCGUUCUGGUGGAUUUGGUGGUAAUCGUUCAGUCCAAAGUGGUGGAAGCCAUGGUGAUUCUCGAUCUAGUCGUUUUAGCAGCUUUGGGGGCUCCAAUGCUGAUAAUGAUUAGGGAACUGGAAGAACAUCCUUCUAAAUUCCUUUGAGGGAAGAAGGCAGCAACUCCGGUGACUGCUUCCGAUGGGAAACAGAUACAGAGAAGCAAGGAAAUUUUUUUGGGGGGAUGUGAAGAGUUUGUUGGGAAGAAAGAAAAUGAGGUAGAACCCCAAUCCCCUGUCAGGACUCAAGUCUCUGCUAAUAUUAUAUAUACUAGUUACUCGCAUGGGAAUGUUUAAAGAUGCUGACUAUUGUUAUUUAAGUUGAUUAUAUCUGAAGGAAAAAAU